CAUUUAAACAACAUUUUGUCGUAUUAAGUUACUUAGAAUUAAAUACAAAAUUAAACUAAAAAUGCCUUAUACAGCCUCCAUCUACAGUGCCUUUUAAAUUCAUUUUUAGAAACACGAGUUCGGCCAGAGCCUGUGUCUUCAGGUUCAGGCGACGGCAUCUGUAGAGCAGGCCAGCAGCGGAGAAAACCCUCUCAGCGCUUACAGAAACGCCGGGGAUGCCAAACACCCUUCGGAUUACUCUAGCCAGGGUAUAACCCUAUCAAAACAGAAAGCUCCAGGACAGAGCUGUGGUGUAUGGUGGCUGGGUCUAACAUGAUGCCCGGCCAGAUCCUUGACCCCUCCCUGACGGCCGGCUCCUUGCCCAGCCUGGGCCCACUGGCGGGCAUCUCUGCCACUACACUCACCGAUCAGCUCAAACUUGCACAGGACUUCAGGAACCUGGGCGCCAUGUUGUCACCGCUGCAUUUCCUGGGACGGCUGGGCAAGAGGCCGCUCACUGCUAUCAAGGGAGAGAUGGACGAGGACGAUGAGCGGAGGAGACGGAGGAGAGAUAAGAACAAAGUGGCAGCAGCACGAUGUCGGAACAGGAAGAAGGAGAGAACGGACUUCCUCCAAAGGGAGUCGGAGCGUUUGGAGGUGGUGAACACUGACCUGAAGUCCCAGAUUGAGGAGUUGAGGAUGGAGAGACAGCAGUUAAUGGUGAUGCUCAACCUCCACCGCCCCACCUGCAUCGUCCGCACCGACAGCGUCAAGACCCCCGAGAGCGAGGCCAACCCCCUGCUAGAACACCUGGCUGCCGAAAAGCUGACCGCAUCCAAAUGAAACCACAGGGGGAAACAAGAAACCGAAGGUCGGGGAAAGAUAGAUCCGCCAACAAAAAAAACAACUGUCAUCAUCAUCAUCAUGAAUGGUGGCCAUUUUGGAAAAAUUCUAAAAUCAACUGCCGUUUUUUGUUGUUCCGUUGCCUCGGUAACACCUUGGUAAUGUUACCUGAGUGGGCUCUGAGGGAAGAGGGAACCCUACCCUAGUCAUCAGCCGGGUUCCCAGCCUUUAGUCAUCAGCCUGGCGCUCUGCCUUACGCCCAACCCUGUUCUCUCUGCAUCACAAUAGGUGCUGUUUGUUCUGAAACCCAGUCAAGUGCCCUCAGUUUUACUCACUGCAUCCAACCAUCAUUCUACAACAAAGGACAACAUAGAAGAAGGUAUAAAGUGGAAACUGUAAUGUUGAACGGGAAACACUAAGGUCAAUCAUUCUAAUGCUCUCUGUUACCGGCACUUAUCAGCACUGAGACAAAACAAAGGGGCUGUUGUUUUUGAUACUCUAAACCUGUACAACGGUAGAGAUACACAGGUGUAACCAGCCAGCGUUCUGUAUACCACCUUUAAAUAUACAGCUGUAGUAAUAUUCUAGGAUCUGUCCAUUACAUACAUUCAGUUUAUACUAAAGUUGGAACAAAACAGUUGUUUUUGUAUUCUAUAUUUACAAUGCUAAAAAGGAAAAAUCGUCUGCCUUGACGACGGCAGUAUUCCGGUUGAUCCGAUUUGUGGUGACGCUGGCGUCAUGAAUAAAAGCACAUAUAAAACUAUACGAAAUAAUGUUUACACUCCUGUUUAUAUAUAAAAAAAAAAGGCAUUGUUACGUCAAUGUCUUGUCUUGCAAUGUGCUUAUUUUAUACCGCUUUAUAUAUAUAUAUAUAAAUGACAUGUAUUAUUGUGAAAUGUUCUGCAUUCUAAUCACUUGAUGUGAUUUAGCAUUUGUACAUCUGUCUGUCAGUCUGUCCAGUUCUAUUUUUCUAUAUGAAUAAUUACGCUGUUUAGCAGCUGUGAAAAGAAGAAUUGUUCAGUUAACAGCUGGGCAAUAUCUCUCAAUGACUUAUGUAUGACUUUCUUACCCCCCCCCCCCCCCUCAUAUAUAAAUUAUAUUUGUCAAACUA